UUACUACAAAAGAGUAGUGGCUCAUACGUCUCCACAGCAUCACAUGCCUUAUAUAGUUAUAGUAUGGUCAAAAACUCACUCAACUAAGACGCAUACAAAUUCAGUAAACAGAGUAAAUUACAAAGGGGAUCAAAUAGCUAAAACAAGAUCAAUUAAAUGGACAACUCAAGAAUCUCUCUCAGGCCAUUCAAAAUUUCUGAUGCUAAUGACCUCAUGAAAUGGGCUAAGGACGAUAACGUAACAUAUUAUCUAAGAUGGAACACAAUCACUUCAAUUGAAGCAGCAUCAAAUUACAUCCAACAAGUUGUUAUUCCUCAUCCAUGGAGUCGAUCCAUUUGCUUGGAUGAUCGUUCAAUCGGAUACGUAUCGGUUAGGCCAGAAUCUGGGAAUGAAAAUCAUAGAGCUCACAUUGCAUAUGCCAUUGGUUAUGAUUAUUGGGGACAAGGAAUUGUUACUAAGGCAUUAAAAAUGGCUAUACCAAUUGUGUUCAAAGAUUUUCCUAAUUUGGUGAGGGUAGAAGCAUUGGUGGAACAUGAAAAUAGAGGUUCACAGAAGGUGCUAGAAAAAGUUGGUUUCAAGAAAGAAGGAUUUUUAAGGAAGUAUGGUUGUAACAAAGGUGAAAUUAGAGAUAUGUUCAUCUAUAGCUUCUUAUCAACUGAUCAAAUUAUGUGAAAAAAAUGGGAAAUUAUGCUCUAUGUCUAGGAGAAACAUUUACAUGUUUUAGCUCA